AUGGCAGCAAUUCUCAGCGUUGACUUUCAGAACUGUUUCAUCUUCAUCGUCCUAUGCCUCUUCUCACUCUUCUGUUACUCUCUCUUCUUCAAGAAACCAAAGCACCCGCGAGGCUGUGAUCUUCCUCCUAGCCCUCCUUCUCUUCCAAUCAUCGGUCAUCUUCACCUUCUCUUCUCUCCUCUAACCCACAAGUCUCUUCAGAAACUCUCCUCUAAGUAUGGACAUCUACUCCAUCUACGGAUCUUUAAUGUCCCAGUCAUUCUCGUCUCUUCAGCCUCUGUUGCCUACGAGAUCUUCAGGGCUCAUGACGUGAACGUCUCCUCUCGCGGUGUUGCUGCAAUCGAUGAGUCCCUCCUGUUUGGAUCUUCUGGCAUCAUUACCGCUCCUUAUGGAGAUUACUGGAAGUUCAUGAAGAAGCUAAUCGCCACUAAGCUGCUCCGACCUCAGUCACUCGAGAGUUCACGAGGUAUCCGUGGUGAAGAGCUAACGCGAUUUUACAACAGCCUUCUCGAUAAGGCGAGGAUGACUGAGAGCGUUGAGAUCAGUACUGAAGCAAUGAAGCUUGUGAACAACACCUUGUGCAGGAUGAGCAUGGGAAGAAGUUUUUCAGAGGAGAACGGUGAGGCAGAGAAAAUCAGGGGAUUAGUGGGUGAAUCUUAUGCCUUGACCAAGAAGAUGUUCCUGGCAUCUUUAUUGCGCAAGCCGCUAAAGAAGCUUCGGAUCUCACUAUUCGAGAAGGAGAUAAUGGGUGUUUCUGACAGAUUAGAUGAGCUGCUAGAGAGAAUUCUUGUGGAACACGAAGAGAAACUACACGAGGAGCAUCAAGGUACUGAUAUGAUGGAUGUGUUGUUGGCAGCUUCUGGAGAUGAAAACGCAGAGUAUAACAUCACUAGGAAUCAUAUCAAGUCAUUUUUCGUGGAGAUUUUUAUUGGAGCCACUGAUACCUCAGUGCAAACAACACAAUGGACAAUGGCGGAGAUCCUUAACCACCCUAACGUUCUUGAGAGACUGAGGAAAGACAUUGAUUCCGUUGUAGGGAAAACAAGGUUGAUUCAUGAAACAGAUCUACCGAACCUCCCUUACUUGCAAGCGGUAGUCAAAGAAGGGCUAAGAUUGCAUCCACCGGGACCUCUCUUGGUAAGGACGUUCCAAGAAAGAUGCAAGAUCAAAGGUUUCUACAUACCAGAGAAGACAACACUCGUUAUCAAUGCUUACGCUGUUAUGAGAGAUCCUGAUUCUUGGGAAGAUCCUGACGAGUUCAAGCCAGAGAGGUUUCUAAGAGCACCUCCAAUGGGAGGCUCUCUUGACAAAUUCAUAGAGUUCUCUUGA